AAAUGGGUCGGCUGGUUCGGCGUGAUGGGGAACAACUAAUGAACUGAAGCGAAUCGGAACGAGUCGCGCUUCAUUCCGACAAACUGACUUUUACCUGUCUGAGCGAGCAGCCAGACAAGAUGGCCGGAGACGACCACUACCUCCACCCUUCCACCCAGAUGUUUGACAACAUCAUGAUCGAUUCUUCCUGGGAGUUUCCAACUUUCUCUGCGAUGCCUCAGACGGUGUCUGUGCGAACAGCGGACGGACCGUACCUGCAGAUUCUGGAGCAGCCCAAACAGCGCGGCUUCAGGUUCAGGUACGGCUGCGAGGGUCCGUCCCACGGCGGCCUGCCGGGAGCCUCCAGCGAGAAGAACAGGAAGACGUACCCGACCGUGAAGCAGGACUCGGCGCCUGCCCAUCCUGCCAAAGUUACCAACAGCUGGUUUGUUGACCGACCAGCAAACUCGCCUGACCUGAACCCUGUAGAGAAUCUUUGGGCUAUUGUCAAGAGGAAGAGGACUCUUCACUAUAGUAACAUCUUCCUCACCCUGCUCUUCUCAAAGGACUGCAAAACUGCUGCUAGCGCUUCCUCUACCAUCAGACUUCUCAUGCUGUCUGCUGGAGAGAAGACGAGAGCUGCAAACUACUGCUGCAGACUUCACAACAUGCGCCUGCUCCAGGCCGCUCGGAGGCCUCAGGUCCAGGAGGGAAACCAACCUGUCCCUAGCGACACUCUGCAGCACCUCCUGGAGGAUCCAAGUUUUCCGAACCUGGGGAUCCUCCACGUGACGAAGAAGAACGUGGCGAAGACUCUGGAGGAGAGGAUGACGGAGGCACUCAGGAUGGGCUACAACUGCGGCAUCUCCAUCCACUCAGAGAUCGACAGUCUGCAGGGGGAGGUCCGAGUCCCACGAGAACUCACAGACCAUCAGCGCAACAUCAUCAGCAUCGCAGCAGCCAACCAGUCGAAAGACAUGGACCUGAGUGUGGUCCGGCUCAUGUUCACGGCGUUCCUCCCCGACAGCGACGGAGGCUUCUCCAGACGGCUCGAACCCGUGGUUUCUGAGCCCAUCUACGACAGCAAGGCUCCAAACGCUUCAAACCUGAAAAUUGUGCGGAUGGAUCGGACCGCCGGCUGCGUGACCGGAGGAGAAGAGGUCUACCUGCUUUGUGACAAAGUCCAGAAAGAUGACAUUCAGGUGCGGUUUUACGAGGAGGAUGACACGGGGUUGACCUGGGAAGCUAUGGGAGAUUUCUCCCCCACAGACGUCCACAGACAGUUUGCCAUCGUCUUCAAGACUCCGAAAUAUCGAGACCAGAACUUGCAGAAGCCGACGUCCGUGUUCGUUCAGCUGAAAAGGAAAUCUGACAACGAGACCAGCGAACCCAAACCCUUCACCUACCAUCCUCAGAUCAUAGACAAGGAGGAGGUGCAGAGGAAACGUCAGAAGACGUUACCCAACUUCCACGACUUCAGUGGUCACGGAGGAGGAGGAGGAGUGUAUCGAGGAGGAGGUCCCGCUACAGGAGGAGGUCCUGGAUCAGGAGGAGGUUAUUAUCAGGGCUUUACUUCCUACAACUAUGGAGGAGGAGGAGGUGGAGGAGGAGGAGGAGGAGGUGGUUUCUCCACAGGAUACUCAACUGGUUUGGGGGGAGGAGGAGGCAUCAAGCAGGCCUCGAACAGCGAUGCCAAAGAUGACGACGACAGUGAUACAGGCGAUGACUCAACGUCGGAGGUUCCACGAGCUUCAGCUCAGCCAGGAGACCGGGAGGUGGGGGAGAGGGCUGAUGAGGGAGGAGGCGAUGUGGAGCCAGAAACAGACGGAGAGGAGCAGUUUGUGGAGGCGACCCGCAGGCAGCUGGACGCUCUCUUCCAGUAUUCGGUCACAGGUGAUUCGGCGUACCUGCUGGCUCCACAGCGCCCCCUCAUGACACGCAGGACGAGGACGGAGACACCGGGCUUCACCUUGCAGUUCUGCACAGCCAGCAGGGCGCUUAAGAGUCUGGCUCAGGUGGUGUUGGCUCUGCCCGGAGGGGAGGUGCUGAAUGUGAGGAACCACCUGUACCAGACUCCUUUGCACCUGGCGGCGAUCACUCAGCAGAAGGAAGCAGUGGAGGCCCUGCUGUUAGCCGGCGCAGACCCGACUCUGACCGAUCGUCACGGCAACACGGUGCUGCAUCUGGCGGCGCUGCAGGAAGGUGGGAUGGUGUCUCUGAUACUGCAACACCGAGAGAUGAGAGGACUUCUUCAGAGCUGCAACACUGCAGGUAUGUGUGCCAUACACCUGGCGGUUCUGGCCAAUCGACUGUCUUCCCUCAGGGAGCUGCUGGAGGGCGGGGCUGAUGUGGAGGUUCAGGAGCGCAGCUGUGGGCGGACCGCCCUCCACCUCGCCACGGAGACCGACAACGUGUCGCUGGCCGGCUGCCUACUGCUGGAGGGAAAUGCCAAGGUGGACUGCUGCACCUUUAAUGGCUCCACCCCCCUUCACAUCGCCGCGGGGCGGGGCUCCGUCAAGCUGACGGCUCUCCUGAUGGCUGCAGGCGCUGACCCUCAGCGGGAGAACUUUGAGCCUCUGUUCUUCAGGGAGGAGGAGGAGUGUGAUGAAGACGAUGAAGGCUACAUCCCUGGAACAACUCCUCUCAACAUGGCCACCAGCUCUGAGGUGUUGGACCUCCUCAACGGUAAUGAGUACGAACCAAAACCCCCUCAUCAGACCCAUGCCCCACCUCAAGGUGACCUGGUGAGCCUGGGUGUAGAGGUGAAGCAGAAAUUGUGUGGCGCUCUGGAGAGUGAAGGAUGCUGGGAGAGUCUGGCUCACAGCCUCGGCCUCGGCAUCCUCAACACGGCCUUCAGACUGAGCCCCUCCCCCACCAAAACACUGCUGGACAGCUACGAGGUCUCUGGUGGAACCGUCUCGGACCUGCUGGCUGCUCUCAGGUCCGUGGGCGGCUGCAAAGCGGUGCGCGUCCUGGAGGAGGCGCUGUGCGACCACCCGGAGUCGAGCGACGGGUCUCGGGGCGCUCCGGAUCAGGACCUGAAGGUGGACGUACAGAUCGACAGCUACGCUUGCGACAGUGGGGUGGAGCUUUCCACGGCGUAGCCUCUGAUUGGUUGUUCUCCUUUCAUCAUGACUCCAGAUCAUCAUCAGGACCUUUCAGAACUCAGAUUUUUUUGAACUUCAGCCUUUUUUGUUGUUGUUUUUUUU